ACCCGCUCGGCGGACGUGACCCGGUGGCCUGCAGGCCCUUUGGCCCCUGUAGGUACCGCUUCCCAGGAAAUAGACCGACGGCUGGAAAAGAAGCUGAAGAUCACGCAGAAGGAAAGCAGAAAAUCCAAAUCUCCUCCCAAAGUGCCGCUCGUGAUCCAGGACGACAGCCUGCCCUCGGGGCCCCCGCCGCAGAUCCGCAUCCUGAAGAGGCCGACGACCAACGGUGUGCUCAGCAACCCCAACUCGGCCAGCAGGCCGGCCUUCCCGGUGAAGUCCCUGGCGCAGAGGGAGGCGGAAUACGCCGAAGCCAGGAAACGAAUCCUGGGCAGCGCCAGCCCCGAGGAGGAGCAGGAGAAGCCCAUCCUGGACAGGCCGCCGCGGAUCUCGCAGCCCGAGGACACCAGGCAGCCCAACAAUGUGAUCAGGCAGCCGCUGGGGCCCGACGGCUCGCAAGGCUUCAAGCAGCGCAGAUAAGCGCCGGCGAGCGGCGAUGCUGCGGGAGGCCGGGCGCCGCGCGGCGCCGCGCACAAACGGACUUGAGCAAAGGGAACUACCUGGUUUACUUGCACUGUGAUAUCUAUUUUUUUUUUUCUUUUUGGUUUUGGUUUUGUUUUCCUCCCUUUGCUCUGCCCACUGUGACCUUCAAACCCCACGCACUGUGACCUCCCCGCUGCACCCACUGUGAGCGGCCUGUCACCGGGGCCGUCCCCAGGCCC